AUGAAUCACAAUAACCCAUCUCAAGCUAAUCGGAGACACGAUUAUGGUGGAUUAUUGCAAGAAGAACAAAUGGAAGCGUAUAGAGAAAGAAGAAGAGAGCUUGACCCAGAUCCAGAUCCUGCUCCAUCUCCAGCUGAACCAGUAUCCGAAACACGGCCACCACCACCGCCACUGCCACCGCCUGAUGUGGCGGUUCGUUAUCGGGAAUGCUUAAAGAACCAUGCUGCCAGCAUGGGCGCACAUGUUGUCGAUGGGUGUGGGGAGUUUAUGGCUAGUGGAGAAGAAAACACACCAGAAGGUUUAAAAUGCGCCGCCUGUGAAUGCCACCGGAGUUUCCACCGACGAGAGGUGGAAGGCGAGCCAUCCGCCACAAGGGUACCUUCGAUGUCGAUACAUAACCCACCACCUCGAUCUACCACAAUGCAGCCACCUCAUCAUCAACAACCACACCUCAGGUACCACCACCGCCAGACGCCGCCAAUCAUGGUGGCGUUCGGUGGGAACAGUGUUGCACCGACGGAAUCGUCAAGUGAAGACCUUGACAUCUACCGGACACACGCCGGUCGACACAUGAUGGAGCAGCCAUCAAAGAAAAGAUUCCGAACAAAAUUCAGUGAAGAACAAAAGGAAAAGAUGCAUGAUUUUGCUGAAAGAAUAGGGUGGAAGAUUCAGAAGCAAGAUGAACAAGAGAUUCGAGAAUUCUGCAAUGAAGUUGGACUGAAAAGACAAGUGUUCAAAGUAUGGAUGCAUAACAGCAAACAAGCCAUGAAGAAGAAACAACCGUAA